AUGUAUCGCCGGCCCGACGAAUUCCAGAGAACGGACAUUUCAGCCGCCGGAUCCGAGUGGAAGGCGAAUGCUUCUCUUCACAGUAUCAUUCAUGACGCUGACCAUCCGGGAUCCGAUGUAGAUCGUUCCAGCAAAGCGACGCCUCUUCCAAAUGUCAAUUUCGACGAUUCCGGGAGGGUUGUUCGCAGUCGAGGAGGCCGAGGAGAAAAGGGCCGAAAGGGCAGCGGCAAGGGGCCUUUGAAUCCGGAGGGCAUGCCGCGGAGGAAAGGCAGUUAA